UAUUCUCAAUGGCAUGAAUAUCUUUUGCAUGGUGAUUGGCUGUUCCAAAAAGACAAAGAAUGCUACUCAUAGUUGCACUCUUUACAAUUUAAACAAAUUCUAGAUCAUUUGUAAGAUUUAAAAAUAAACGUCAUAUAUUGUUAGCAGCAUGUAUCGAGUAUCGACUACUUCAGCUGACAUGAAAGUCUGGAAAUCCUGUCCCUUCUUCGUCUUUCUACUUCUGAGUUCAACACUCGGAGAGGACACAGUGGCAGAAGACAUUGGUGUCCAUCAGCUGGAGCGUUUAGUAGAGUUGCUGACAUCUAAGGAGUGCGACGACCUUCUGGUCGCCCUCUCUCACCCGGAAGAGAACAUCUUCCAGCACCUUGAGCUACUCUCACCAGAAAAAAAUCAACUAGAUCUCAAGCCGCGAGCCAAGAGAGACACCUCUUCUGCUGUGGAUAGUGAGGCUCAGUGCCGGACAGCCCUGACAGACUGGCUGCUGAAGUACGGCGAGCAGACCUACUACGACAGGCUUUCUCGCGCCUUGCAGCACAUCGGCAGAACAGACAUCGCCAUUGAAGUGGGGAAGAACAUCAACCAGGACAAAGCCUUGAGCCUGAAACGCAACGUUGAAGACUAUCACAAAUACGUCAACUCUUUAAACUUUCCACCGGUACAAUCAGACACAAAGGACCACCAGCAUGAAGACCAGAGGGUCAUAAAAAGAAGAGUAAGGGAUCUGACAUGGCGUGACCUGGAUCUGAUCGUGGAGCAGGCUCCUGUCCCUCUGUACCAGAAGGGGCCUUUGGAUGUAGCUCUGCCACUCUUGUAUGGCAUCCUGCUGGGCUUUGGGGGUACCUUGCUUACAGGCGUUUCUUUACUUCUCAUCAUCAUCCACAUCUCCCAUAGAAACCAGCAGAACCGUCACCCUGGAGUCACCAGCAGCCCCAGCAGGAAGCUCAUGAUUGAAGAUGUAAUGUUGGAAGAUGCAGCUUCAGGGAGGACAGAGGCUGCAAAAUCGACAGUUUAGGGGUUUAAAUUGUCCAGAAAGCCAUAAAAGUAAAGUCGGCAUCACAUUGUGUCAUACAUUUACAACUGGCAUACAUACAUAAAUAAAGGCAAAAAAAGAUCA